AAAAAAAAAAAUAUAUAUCAUAAGCAUUCGAAUAAAAUAAAUAAAUACAUCAAAAGAUAAGUGCAGCGAUUGAAUCGAAUAUUAAUAAAGUUGAUAAAGCUUUUUCCAAUAUCGGCGUCAUAAAACAAUGAAUAUAUAAAGAAUGAGUAUGAAUGAUGCAGAUUCGAAAAGUUACUGGAGAGAGGAUAUAGAUGAUAAUUACUUUAGAAAACAAAUAAAAUUCGCUUUAUUACCUUUAUACGCGGCUCUAAGGAAUCAGGUUGAACCUCGACAGCCGAAAGGAUCUUGUCGAGCGGCACAGGCAUCAAGAUCUAUUAAACGUAUCCUCGAAAAUAGAAAAUUUACUAAUGUACUUGAUAUAACUCGUUUUUUGGUAUCGAUGGACGAGGAAAGAUCGGCUAACGUCGUCCACAUAAGAGUAUUUAAGGGCGGUCCGAUCUCUAUCAAAGACCUGCCUCAUACGAUCAAAUGUAAACAUUUGAAGAUGGAAUUGGAAAUUAUGGCCGGGCUACCCACAAAUAUUGAUUAUUCUCUUUGCUUUCCAAAGCAUAAUGUGUUGGAUGACAAUUAUGAAAUCACGUUUAAUGAUAAUAUAUCGUCUGGUGCACUCUUUACUGUUCAAUUUCCCCCCUUAUGGGAAACGAUCGUAAAUUUGCUUAGUGAAGACAACCCCGAUUGCUUAAUUAAGCAUGUGAGGAUAGUUUCAGAUACGCUGUCGGAAGAGAAAGCUGAAGAGUUAAUCUUUUGUAUAGCUUUCUUAGCUAGUUCUAUUGGUAAUGUUAAGACUCUUAAAUCUCUAUAUAAUAUCAAUGGAAAAUCGUUUACUAGAGAGACAAUAUUCAAACGUUCUUGCGCUCAUAGCGCUGCUCAUCAGGACAAUAUAAGCGUCUUAUACGAAUUGAAUCAAAGUCGAUUAGAUUUAACGAAAAAGGACAUUUUUGGAAAAACACCGUGUGAUAUUGCAGAAAGUGUGGACGCUAAGUCGAGUGUUAGAUUUUUCAGAGAGUUGAUUAAAAAUAGAGCAGGUCUUAUUAAUAAGAAUCUAUUACGCGUUCAAAAGACUCCAGACGAGGGCGACAGAGACACGGAAAGUGCAAUACAAAGCAGACGAAUAAACAGCGCUCCAUCAACAUUGUCUAGAAGGCAACGAAAAGUAGGUUGGAGUGCUGACACAGAUAGCGGUAUAGAAGUCUCCUCCUUCGCUGAUACGAAAUUAGAGAGACCCUCCAGCUCAGUUUCCAAUAUGACGAAAGGAUCUACGUGUAGAACAGUUAUAUUGGAAGAUUGGGAGUUGGAUUUUCUACGAAAUUGUAAUCUAGAAUCGCAGAAGAAGCUUCGAUAUAGAAAGGAAAAUUCUAAAAUGAACAAGAACGUUUCUACGGAAAGGAAGGUUUAUUAUAAAACUAAGUAUCACACAGGAGAGAACAAAGAAACAGAUUGGUCAAAGAGGCCCGCAAAUGCAGAUAGUAGAUUCAGGACUUGGAAGACAUGGUUGCUAGAGGAAGAGAAAACGAAAGAAGUUGAUGAAGAAAGGCAGCUCUUCAAUGCGAUGGCUUAUCAGAAAUGGUUAGAUAGAAAGAGAAAGAAGGGACUAUUGCAAUCGAAAAAUGAUGAAGGACCAAAAGCAUUCGUUAAUCCUUUAGCACAAAAGAAAAUUGAUUAUCGAAAGACGCCAACCAGGGAUAUAUUAGAAAAUAAUUCCACAGCUUACGAGAAUUGGAUGGAGAGUAAACAAGAUUACUUUUACGAACAGAAACUAAUGAAACGAGAAAAGGAAGCAGAGAUUGCAGUUGAUCCAAUCGCUAAGCAGAAAAUAGAAAAGACUAAAAUCAGUAUCUUUUCUCUUGUGGAUACUGGCCAUGGAAAUGUUCAAAUUCCCACUUCAUCAACCUAUAAGGACUCAUAUAAAAAUUGGCAAUCAACAAAUUCUUUUCAAAAAGAAACCAGCAAACCCGUCAGCAGGGAGGACAUUAAGCGAUGGAGAAAAAAUUUGAGAAAGAAUGGGAUGAUGUAUGAGGAAUGGUGUCAACUCAAGAGAGAUGAAGACAAUAUAGAUCGACCACCCCGAAAGCCUGCAACUCCUCAAAAGACUUUCGCUUUGACUAAUCACAAAACAUUCAUCGUAGUUCAUAAUGAAUAAACGAUUUUUUUUAUAAAUAGUUGGUUUCUUUUUAGUAAAAAUCUACACAAAAUACUUUCUAAAGAACUGCAGGAAAUGACCAAAGUGGGAGUAUCAGUUAUAAUACAAUCAUUCCAUAUGUAAUCGUACACUCUUAUCAAGUACAUAAAAUUCUAACCUUAAAUGCUUUCACUUACAAACGCUCCUGCCAAUUAAGACUCGAUUGCAAAUUGUAAAUAUUUCAGUUUGUAAAAUUUAAUAUUGACAAAUGAAUGUUAUUCUGC